GGUGCCGGCGCUGCCACUCGGGGCGCUGCCCGGUGCCGGCGCUGCCCGCUCGCGGCGCUGCCCGGUGCCGGCGCGGGACGCGGGCUCCCAUCCCGGCCCGACUCCUUUAAGAUGAUGCAAUCGGCAUCGCCCUCCGCGCUGCCGACCCCGCGCCGCUGAGCGGAGCCCGGAGCGCGCAGCGGGGCGGAGCGGAGCGCGGCGCGGGGCGGCCCCGGCGGUGCCCGCGGUCCCGGCGGGCCAUGGGGGAGCCGCCGGCCGCGCUGCCGCCGCGGGAGCCGCCGGAGCCCGCCAGUGCCUAGCGCAGGCUGCGGGCUUUCUGCAAGUCAUCGGGGCCGGCGGACGCGCACCCCGCUGCCCUGCCGCUCCCCCAGCCCAGCGCAUCCACACGGGAAUUAUUUUAUUUAUUUAUUUAUUUAUUUAUUUAUUUAUUUAUUUUCUUCCGCCGUGCUGUAUGUACUGGUUUCCUCGUCACCCGCCACGGUUAACUUCCCUGUGACUCGGUUUAACACUUGAGACCUCCGUGGAUGCUGCUAAGAGCACUUCUCUUGCCUUUGCUGUCCCUUGCUGGGAUCGGAUUCACACUACCCGGACCCUGUGUGCCUGUAUGUGUGUUCUGAGUGUCUUGACAUUUUGGUUUUCUUUACAAGAACUAUGCAUUAAUUGUAACCAAGACCUGUGAAUGACCAUAGGCUUGGCUUGACCUUGAUUUUGAUGGCUUUGUUGGAAGAUCUGAUGAUGUGAUUGCAUGUCAUGAGGUGAUUGCUCUCCAGCCUCCAGCCUCCGUGGCUCAGUGUAUAAACCACUUCUGCCACACUGUCACUCAUGGACAAUUCAGAUCUUUCUUUUAAACAAUCCUUUUGGCUGUUUUUACUUUCUCACUUCUCGUUUCCCCCUUGUUUCUUCUUAAUGUUGGGAGCUUUAUUGUACCCUCGGAUGUGAUUGAUAGUCCUGCUUCUCCGUGCUGCUGAUUUCCAGUUUGAACUACAAUGGCUCUAAGUGGCAACUGCAGGACUUACCUUCCUGCUCGGGAGCAGGGGCCGGGGCUGCACUCCUUCCCCGAGGUGGUGGAGCUCAACGUGGGUGGCCAGGUUUACUUCACUCGCCACUCCACCUUGGUUGGCACCCCUCACUCCCUGCUCUGGAAAAUGUUCACCCCAAAGAGAGACACAGCCAACGAUCUGGCCAAGGACUCCAAGGGGAGAUUCUUCAUCGACAGAGAUGGUUUCCUGUUCCGCUAUAUUCUGGACUAUCUCAGGGACAAGCAAGUGGUUCUGCCCGACCACUUCCCAGAGAAGGGAAGGCUCAGGAGGGAGGCUGAGUACUUCCAGCUCCCAGACCUGGUCAAGCUCCUGACUCCCGACGACAACAAGCAAAGCCCCGAUGAUUAUUGCCACAGCGACUACGAAGAGGUGUCCCAGGGCAGUGACACGAGAAUAUGCCCCCCCUCGUCGCUGCUGCCGCCGGACCGCAAGUGGGGAUUCAUCACCAUCGGCUACCGUGGCUCGUGCACUAUCGGCAGGGAGAGCCAAGCAGAUGCCAAAUUCAGGAGGGUCCCGAGGAUUUUGGUUUGUGGAAGGAUUUCUUUGGUCAAAGAGGUUUUUGGAGAAAGUUUGAACGAAAGCAGAGACCCGGACAGGGCUCCAGAAAGGUACACCUCCAGGUUUUAUCUCAAGUUCAAGCACCUGGAGAGGGCUUUUGACAUGUUGUCCGAGUGUGGAUUCCACAUGGUGGCCUGUAACUCCUCGGUGACGGCUUCCUUCGUCAACCAGUACACAGACGACAAGGUCUGGUCCAGCUACACCGAAUAUGUCUUCUACCGUAAGUACCAGCCGGCGGGGGGAGAGGAGAGGAGCGCCGCGCUCGGGCUGCUCCGUGCUCCAAGCGAGCGUCCCCUGCCCACCCAGGCUCGGGCUGUGCUCGGAUGCGGGGACACAUUUCCGUGGGGGCUCUGGAGGCGCAGCGGGGCUGAGCUCGGCGGGCCGGGCCUGGCUAGGUGGCAGCACAGACUGCCGAAAGCGCCGUGCCUGUGCCCGGAGGACGCGGCGCCUCUGGCACUGUAAAUCAGCACCCGAGUGCCUCGCGCGCUUCCCGGGACGCGUGGGACACAAAGCGAGGGUGCAAACACUGCGAAUUUCAUUACAGAAAACCUUCCACUGGGAUUCACUUUGCAAAGGUAAUAGAGGCUCGAUAAUCAUCAGGCACAGGCAGCCAAGCCAUCUGUCAGCAGCCCUGACACGCUUCCACGCAGGGAGGGGAAAACACAAUUCCAUCCCUCUGGCCGCAUUUCAGCGGGGCCCUCUCAGAGGCAGCUGCCGUGCUCAGGAAUGAGGGCUCGGAGCAGAGAGGGGCAGGGGCUGGGCCUCGUUACACAACACGGCCAUGGAAAAGCCAGCGUCCUCUCCAGGAGCAGCGCGUGCCUGCUUCCCACAGCCACAUCAGGGCACGCUGCUCUGCUCGCUGCCCUGAGCUGGAUGCUCGAGGGCUCAUUAGCUCAGCGCUGCUAGCCAGGUACAGCCCGGUUACCAAGGGUAACACCGGGCUGAUCUGCAUCCCGCGAGGCCGUACCGGGAAAUCCUUCCACAUCUGCUGCGCCGGAGCAUCUGAGAGGCUCGUGAGGCUGUUUGCCUCCAUUUUCACUUGAGGAGGAUGAAGGAUGGAACAACUGCCCCAUCCAUCAUGUAGCCAGCUGCUGCUUUGGCCAGUGGCCUUGGGAUAGAGGGACACAG